CCUGGCCGCGGGGGCCGCCGAGCAGCGGGCGGGCCUUUGGGGGGCAGCGCCGCGGCGCCCGAGGACGACGACGAGGACGACGACGAGGAGCUGCUGGAAGUGCGCCUGGUCGAGACCCCAGGGAGGGAGCUGUGGAGGAUGGUCCCAGCGGGGCGGGCUGCCCGGGGACCAGCGGAGCGCGCCCAGGGGCCGUCGGGCGAGGGGGCGGCUGUCACCGCCGCCUCCCCCACUCCGUCGGAGGACGAGGAGCCAGAGGAAGAGGAGGAGGAGGCGGCGGCGGUGGAGGAAGGCGAAGAGGAGACGGUGGCGUCGGGGGAGGAGCCGCUGGGCUUUCUGUCCAGACUGCCCCCCGGCCCCGCCGGCCUGGACUGCAGCGCCCUGGACCGCGACCCGGACCUGCCGCCCCCAUCGGGCACGUCGCAUUUCGAGUUCCCGGACUACUGCACCCCCGAGGUUACCGAGAUGAUCGCGGGGGACUGGCGCCCGUCUAGCAUCGCCGACCUGGUUUUCACCUACUGAGCCCACCGUCAGCGGGGCGCGCACGCCCCCAAACCAGCUGUUUACAUACAGGAAUCAGGUAUUGGGGCCCCUCGGAGGCCGAGGCUGGCACCCCAUCUCCCGCGCAGCCUCCCCCCUCCCAGACGUGCCCAUCCCCCUCUAACCCAGACAUGCCCCUCCCCCGCAGACACACCCCAAGGCAGCCCAACCCCCACUCUUUCCCUCACUUCCAAGCCCCGCCCCGUCUUGUCCCCUCCCGCACAGCCACCAGCAGCCAGCCCCCCUCCGUUACACCUCCCGUCCACUCCUACAGACCUGCACCCCCUCCCCCACCUUGCACACGCCCCUCCUCGUGGCCGGAGGACACGCCCCUGCCCUUGCUCCCGAGUCCCUCCGCCUUCGCCUAGCCCGCCUCCUCUCUGGUUUAGGGGGGCGCUGCGGCUGGGCGGCACCGCGCGCUCCUCCCUGACCCCUUCUCUCCCCCUCCCCCGAGCGCUGGGGCCCGCCCCCUUCCCGCGCAUGCUUAAUGCUUCUUAGGAGGAGGGGGCCGGUCCCACUUGAACCACAAGUCUCUGUGGUCCGCUCCGGGAAGAAGUGGGGCGGGCAUUGAGGGAUCCUUAGAAAUCUUUUGAUCCGGGAGCCGCGGCUUCCUUUCAACCCGACGGGGCGUCUCUGCCUUAAUGGGAGGAGCGCUAGGAAUGGGGAGAAAGAGACUAGCUGGCCCGGAAGGGUUGGGUUUGGAGCUUGGAACUCUCCCUAAGCGGCAUAGCCCCUUUUCCUUGCGGGGUUGCCCAGACUGACGUGCACCCCCACCCAUCCCCCGCCUGCUAUACACACACCGCUAGACUGCCUCUACAGUCUUCCUUGGUCCCCAGAAACUUGCCUUUUCGUCCCCCAUCCGGGAAUUGGGACUAGGGUCUUCAUCUGGAACUGCACCACGAGAGGACUGCCCAAGAAAACUCUGAACCGAGGCAAUUAUCAGUCUAUUUGGGGACAAGGUCCUUGCUGCUCUUCCCCCAUCCCAUCCCAAGUGCCCCACCACGUUAAGGCACACUCCUAGCCUGGGCUCCUCCCUUAAGCCCACCGCCCCUUUCUAUCACUUAAGCCCUGUGCCCACGGUGACAGUAUUCAGUGGGAGAAGCUGAGGCACGUUGGUCCCGGGGCGGGGUGCUGAGACUGAGGCAUGAGAGCAAACGGAGUGGCAAGAAGAGACCCACUUUUGAACUGGCUUGAGAGAGACCAUCGGCCGGGCCAGUGGCACCGAAGGGAGGGUCGGAGUAGUGGCGGUGGGCCGGCUGCGCCUGUUUUUCCGUGUGAAAAAUCGGGAUAGCGCUGCUGUCGGAGGAGGUUGUGUCCAGUUCAGGGUGCCCUCGGGCUCCCCUGCCCCAGAUUUCCCCCCCCUCCCAGCCUAAGUCCCGCCCCUCCGGCCUCCCCAUACCCCCUUUUGCCCUCACUACCUGUAUCUCACCGGCGUGUGUUCACCCUCCUGGGUGUGCACACACUCUCAUUCACACACACAAAUCUCAGGAACAAACGGUCCCAGAGUCCUGGACCCCUGCCCAGGGUCCCCGCAGGUCUCUGCCCCACGCGUUCCCGUCGCUGACAAAGCCACCAGCUGCCUCCUUUAAGCUUGGUGCUCCGGCUCUGGGCCUUUCUCGCGCUCUCUCUGUCUCUCUUUUUCUCUCUCUGUCUCUCUUUCUCUUUUUCUUUCUUUCUUUUUUUUUAAGAAAAACAACAACAAAAAGACAAUGAAAAAAAACCCAGAAAACGUCAUGUGAGUGAAGAGAUGUCACUGUCUGUGGUCUUGGAGAACUAGUCUAGUAGCUGAGGGGAGGGGUCCCCCCCGAUCUGGGGCACUGGCACCCACAGCAGGACUUCCGCCAGCCUGAUGCCAGGACUGAAUAAAGUGUAUUUGCCCCGACCUUGCCCUGUGGUUCUACAUGUCUGUGCCUUUUCUCAACCCUGCCCCAGACGGUUUGCCAGAUUGCAGUCCACGUGAUUUGGCCCCGGGCAGGAAGAGCUGGGGGGUCCUGGGCAAGGCACCUGGCUCCUUUAGGCCUCUGUCUCCCUCUGUCUCAGGACUCCCUGAUCUUCAUUAAGGAUGACAGACUCAUCCCCACAGGGCCAGGCAGGUAAUGUCAAUGAGUCUGGGUGGAGAAUCAGAGGGGACAAGCUGUUCUCCUCCUGCCAGUCGUGUGACCUUGUGGGAAUCCAACCCAUGGUGGCCAGAUUUUUCAAGAGGAGGUAGAAAUCUGGAUGUUUCUAUGAACAUCUCGACUGCAAAAUGAAAGCCGACUCAAAUAUUUUAUUUAUUUACUUUUAUUUGUUUCGCUUUUGUGACAUGCAAGUAUUUUUAAAUCCUCCUGGACCAAAUGAAACCAGUGUUGCAAGCACACUUGGUCCAAGGGGGCCAGUUUGACCCCGCCCUUAAGUGAGACUUGAGAAUGGGCGGGCCACACUGUCUGGGCUCAGAAGCCCCAGCACCACCAGCACUGAAGCAUCUGUGUGACCUUGAGCAAACACUUCACCCCGGCUCUUCUCUCCGCACGAGUUACAUGGUAACAGUACCUGCUUCGUGGCGACAUGAAGUUCGAGGUGAGCAGCAUUGAACAAGGUGCUCCCUGAAGUGUCUUACUCCAUCGUCCAGAGGAGGAGACAGGGGCCAGGGUGGUGCAGGAACCUGCAGGAGGGCCUGUAAGCAGCCACGGUCAAAGUCAGGGCCCCACACCUUGGUUCUCUGCCCUGGUGGAGAGUCACAUGAGGUUGCUGCCUCUCCUUCCCUGUUUGUCCACAGAUGGUGUUAGGCUGUUAGCACAGGGCCUGGGCUGGCGGGCUUGGUCCCAGAGCUGGCUCGUGAUUGGCCCUCAGUGUAGGUUUGUUGAAUGACUAAAGAAGACCCAACAGAAGCCACAGUGACUCCUGUCCUUGUAAUUCUUACCAGUGUGUUUUGGAAACCGAGGCAGGCCUUUUCAAAACUCUGUCCCCUUCAUCCCCCCCCUUCCCCCCUAAUUCCUCCACUGCCAGAUCCAGUGGAUUUCUGAGGUUGGACAGAAACUGUGUCCCCUGUAAGAAUGAAGGCCAAGUGUGCAAACCUCAUUGAGAGAGGGUAUUUGGGGACUGUGGUACCUAUACGUGCAUUCAAAGAGGACUAGAGCAGGUUUGGGAGGGCCAGGUGUGUACAGAAAGGGGGUGCCUGGUUGGAGGAGGUGGAGGAAUUAUGGUGACUGCUUUCGCUCAAUCUCUGAUGGAAAGCAAGAUGGGGGAAAAAAUCCUCCAGGAGGAUUCGAGAAGGUGAGGAAGACAGAGAUAGGUGCCACCCUGAACCCCUUGUAAGGAGCACUUCCCGGCUGUGAGGUAUCUGGUCAGUGGAUGGCCUCCAGCGGCCCAGGACAGUCUGUGUCUGUGUCCCAGGAAGAUCAGGUAUAAAUGCCUGGCCAUUCCCAUCCAGUGUGGGGACAGACACCGACAGGCAGGACUUGCACCACUGGCUCCCCUGGACACUCACCCAGGGCCCCUCUGGGGUGGCCAAGGUUUUGCCAGGCCUGCAGCACAGUUUGACCUCCCAUACCCAAUCCUGCUUCCUCCCUUUUCUUUUCACAGGUGUUUUAUCCCUAAUAAAUUUCUUGCACCCCA